AGCAGCCGCCAGUGUGUUUUUGACUCGGAUAUGCUAUAUCGUGCUGUAGGUCGGGCCACUGACCGCGGGAGAAAGCAGCCACGGCGGUGCCUAGAUUGUUGCACAACUGGAAAUCCUACGUUGCUCGGUCAAGCAUGCGGGUAGCAGUCGUGCAGUUCGCACCAAAGAUUGGGCGGGUGCAGGAGAAUAUCGAAACCGCCCGGAAGCUAUGCGAACAGAUCAAGCCUCACUCAGUCGAUCUCGUAUGCUUUCCUGAGAUGGUCUUCACCGGCUACGUCUUUCCGGAUGCACGUUCCAUCACGCCCCACUUGGAGCAGCCCGGGAAAGGGCCAACUUCACGCUUCUGUGCCGACUUGGCAGCACGGCUGCAAUGCCAUGUUGUGGCGGGAUAUCCGGAGCGUUUGGAUGAUCGCGAGCUCGGCGGAACAGCUGCAGGGAAUGAGAACGCCAUAAUGAGCGUCGGCGCGAACAGUGCCAUCUUAUACGGCCCAGAUGGCGCUCUAAUCGGCGGCUAUCGCAAGACCAACCUGUUUGAGAUCGACAUGACAUGGGCGAAAGCGGGCACCGGAUUCGCGACCUUCAGCUUACCCAAACCGCUGAACAACGUUAGCAUGGGCAUCUGCAUGGACCUCAAUCCCCAACAAUCCGUUAAAUGGUCGAUAGAGGGUCCGUAUGAGAUCGCAGACCAUUGCAUAUCGAAGAGGUCAAACCUUCUGAUAUUGCUCAAUGCGUGGUUGGAUUCGGGCUCUAAAGCAGAUGAGCAGAAGGAUUGGUAUACGUUGCAGUAUUGGGCCUCAAGGUUGAAGCCUCUAUGGGCAGGAUCUCCUCUGAGCAUUGAAGGUGUCCAGGGUACCCCAGCCGAUGAGACCAUCGUAAUAAUUUGUAACAGAUGCGGGGAGGAGAAUGGCAAAACGUUUGCAGGGACAUCUUCUGUGUUCAGAAUGCGACAAGGAUCAGGCCGUCCACAACUGCUGCAUGCAAUGGAACGCCACGAAGAGGGCGUAGCUUUAUGGGACAUUCCAACUGGGAGUUGACUCUGUAUCACUAGAACAGUGACGAGUGUUUUAUAGUAUUCCCAUUCAUUUGUCACGUUUAACUGUAGCUCUCAUGUGUACCGCAAAGUACAAGUCAUAUCCUAUAAUCUAUCCUUCCCCUUAGCC